AUGACGGCGCCAUCAGAAGCGCAGAUCGUCGAGGCCGUCACGGCGAAGCUCACGGGCUCGCAGGGCAAGACGGUGCCCGAGGCUGAGCUCGUACGGCUGCUGGCGACGCUCGAGCUCGAAAAUGACUGGACCGACGUCUCGGCCAAACGCUUCCAUAGCGUGCUCUCGAAAAACGCACUCGUCGACAGCCCCUCAACCGCCACAACCGCCACGUCCAAUGGAGAAGCUUCGACGGGGGCAGGGGCAGGUGGCAAGAAGAAGAAAAAGUCCAAGACGGAUGCCGGAGUGCCGCGCUCCUAUAUCGAUGCGAAUGUUUCGAUCCCCCCCGGCGUGCGUGCGCACUACUUUGACGCUGUCAAGGGUAAAGGACUUGUAGCCUCGCGCAGCUUUGCUGAAGGCGAGCUUGUAUUCACCGAAGAGGCGUACAUUGCCACGCCGCCACCCGAGGCAUUUGAUCAGGUGAGCAGCGGCGAGCUGUGCGCGCAGUGCUUCCUGCCCGUCUCGUCGGCACCCGUGCAGCUGGCGAUCAAGAACUGCGCCAAGUGCAAGAUGCGCUGGUGCACGAGUGCGUGUGCGCGCACCGCCAUGGCUACCCACCACACGCUGCUCUGCACGGGCCUCAACCCGGCCGCCAAACCGCUGGUGCAGCUGGUGCAGAGCCAAAAGUGGCAGAGUCUGCAUUGCGUGGCUCGCUCGUUGGCGAGGUUGCUCUCGACGCUCACGCCGCACAACAACGGCACAGCAAGCGGAAAGCAAUCGCGAGAGCAGGACGAUUUGAUCGCAGCGUAUGGCGACUUUGAAACCGUACAUGCGCGGUUGUCGUCGUUCGCGACCGUUUCGGAGCUGGAGCGUCGGUCUCGCAAUCCCGGGUGGGCGACGGAAAAAGCGUCGUUUGAAGGGAUCCUGGCCCAAGCAUACACGGCGCUGUGCAAUGCACUCGACCCCUACGCCGAUGCCCGCACCUCUGCCCCGCAUCCGGACCCACACCAUGUUCAACUCGACCUCAUCGAUGCCGUCAAGACACGCAAGGGACAGAUCAAGGACCUCUUCACCUACGCGUCGUUCCUCAAGCUGCUCGGACGCGCGAAUGUCAACAUGGAAAAAUUCGGCGGCCUCUACAGUGUCCACUCGUUCCUCAACCACUCGUGUGCGCCGAAUGUCCAAAUCCGCCACGUUCCGGAACGCGGGAUUCUGGCAAGUAUGAAGGUUGCUGCACUCGCCCUAAGGCCCAUUGCAAAGGACGAAGAGCUGGUGAUUAGUUAUAUCGACCCGAGCACGCGGUUGGGUAGAAGACAGCUCGUGCUGUAUAGGGAUUACUGCUUUGGCCCCUGCACUUGCCCCAAAUGCAAGCAAGAGCUGAACGAGGUCGGAUUGCAGUAUGAUCCAGCCAAGAAUUCGGUCAAGACUUUCCUCGACAGCGUGGCGCGCAAGUCGAAUCCAGACCCCCAAGCCCAAGCCGCGCAAGACCCGAGCUUGGAGGAGGAACUGCGCGCCUCGUUGGGCUUCUAA